AGAUCGUCCAUCUCAAAUGCGCUUCAUCGCUGGCUGCUCCACUCGCUCAUAUUUUCAACAUUUCGAUGCUGAAACUUACUGAAUGCGCUUACUUCGGUCACUGACAGAAGCAUGAAUGAUUGUAGCUGUGCACUGCUCUUUCGAACAAACUUCAAUAACGAUAUUCAUUUUCGCCUUGAGUAUCAGUCUAGCUCUUCCACUUACGCUACUACAAUCUAUAUCCAAAUGUAAUCAUUGGCUAGUAGAUCGUUUACAUCUUACGAAAUUAUCCUUUCUAUAGCUUGUGAAGAUCGUUGCUUAUAAAAUAAUUUUUUUUCGAA